AUGGCCAACCAGCAGAAGCCAAAUAUUGUUCUGGUUAUGUGCGACCAGCUUACGGCUAUCGCACUCUCCAGCUACGGUAACAAGGUCACCAAAACACCGAACAUAGAUGCUCUUGCUGCGCAAGGUACCGUGUUCGAGAAUGCCUACUGCAACUACCCUCUGUGCGCACCAUCGCGCUUUGCCAUGAUGAGUGGUCGGCUACCAUCUAAAAUCGGCGCUUUUGAUAAUGGUGCUGAGUUUCCAGCAGCUGUACCGACCAUUGCACAUUACCUCCGCGAUGCUGGGUACUAUACCUGCAUCUCAGGCAAGAUGCACUUUGUCGGGCCGGAUCAACACCAUGGGUACGAAGAUCGACUCACAACAGAGAUUUACCCAUCCGACUUUGGCUGGGUGCCCCCCCAGACCUAUGAUGACAUGGAUGCUGCUGGAAAAGGUGGCAACGGCAAAGUGCCGUUCGGAGUGUCGAGCGUAGAGACAAUCGCAGACGCCCAGGCUCUUGCCAGAUCCCAGCAAUUUGAUUAUGACGAGGAGGUGGCCAGACGGGCCAUCCAGCACAUCUUCGACUGGAGGCGAUAUAGCACUGACGGGCGGCCACUAUUCAUGACCGUGUCUUUCACACAGCCCCAUGAUCCGUAUGUGAUCACAAAGGAGUUCUGGAAUCUCUACACCAACGAGGAGAUUGAUGAGCCCCUCACGGCCAAAAUUCCCCUCGAUCAAAUGGACCCUCACAGCCGACAACUUUACUUUCACUAUAGCCUGGAUAAGUUUGACGUGACAGACGAGAUCUAUCGUCGGGCGCGCCGAGGCUACUAUGGAAUGAUCAGUUAUGUUGACAGCAAGCUGGGAGAAAUCCGGCAGGCUCUUGAAGAAGCGGGCAUUGCCCACAACACCGUGAUUCUGUUCACGUCUGACCAUGGCGACAUGAUUGGCGAGCGUGGACUUUGGUUUAAGAAGAACGUCUUUGAGCCUUCGGUCCGAGUGCCUCUCAUCAUGUACCGACCCCAAGCCAAGUCCGAUCUCUCUCGGGUAUCUGCCCCUGUCUCUCUCGUCGAUGUUUUGCCGACAUUGGUGGAACUCGCCACCGGCUCUACUGAUGCCAUCUUCACCGAGUGCGAAGGUCGUAGCUUGAUGCCCCUGCUUAUCAAGGACGAGCCUGAGCGUGAGGUCAUGGUAGAGCAUCUUGACGGCGCUACACCCGCGCCAAGAGUCAUGAUCCGCCAAGGCAUGCUGAAGAUUGUAGUUUCGGAGGCAUUCCCCACGCAGCUCUACGAUCUCACAAUUGAUCCAACCGAGACCAACGAUUUGGCCGGUGAUCCUAGCCGGAGGGCGGAAGUGGAGAGGCUCGAGGCAGUUGUAAGGCAGCGCUGGGACCUCAAGCGCCUGCGUCGCGACGUCAUUAACAGCCAGCGUAGGCAUCAGUUCAUCUACAGAGCAAUGCAGCAGGGCAAGCCUCGGAGCUGGGAGCACUACCCGGACGCGAUCCGUGAGCAUACUAAAUUUGUCAGGACAGGGGAGCGAUUCCCGGAAGUGGAACGUCGCUCCUAUCUGAAAUAUGCGGAAGGCGAUUAUUAG